CCUCAAGUUGUCCAGCUGUGUCGGACGUUCACUUAUAUAAUAAGCCAUGGGGUGGUGCCUCGCCCUGUUCGCGCUGGCGGUGCUCCAGCUGAGCUCCGGAGCCGGUGACUACCAGCUGCCCGCUGACGUCACGCCCUCGCACUAUGACGUCAAGUUGGCGUACGACCUCGACCCUGCCACUAACUACAGCUAUUUCGGCGUAGUUGAUAUAAUGCUGGUGGCUAAUAAGCCAACAUCGAAAAUAGUUCUUCACGCGCAAGACUAUUCCAUCGUCAACGAGAAGAUCGCGUUGAAGGGCCAGAAUCACCAGUACCGAGUGAUGGGGGUCCACCUCAACGACACCUACAACUUUCUUACCCUCGACCUGGACAGGCCGUUAAAGGAAGACAGUAUCUACAAGCUCACGGUGCCGUUCUACGGGAACCUGCAGAUUGGCUUGGACGGCGUCUAUAUUAGCUCAUACGUGAACAAAAAAUCUAAGAAAACUGAGUACCUGAUAGCGACACAGUUCGAGGCAACAUCAGCUCGCAAGGGGUUCCCGUGCUUCGACGAGCCGAUCUACAAGUCCACCUUCUCCAUCAACAUUGGACACAACAAGCAGUUCACAGCCGUGUCCAACAUGCCUCUGGAAGCUUCGUCUAAUGAGAAUUCUCUAGAAGACUACUGGCCUUGGGAAGUGAUGCGAAAGUCGUUCAAGAAGGACAGCAGCGAUUUCGUAUGGGACCAGUUUGAAAAGUCUGUACCAAUGUCGACCUACUUGGUUGCGUUCGUGGUCUCAAGUUUCUCGUAUGUGGACAGUCCAAGAGAGUUGUCCAAAGCAAAGUUCAAGAUUUGGGCGAGAGAUGAUGCAAUUGACCAGACAGAAUACGCAGCGACAAUUGGCCCAAAAGUUUUGACUUACUUUGAAAAGUUCUUCGACGUUCCGUUCCCGCUGCCAAAACAAGACAUGUUCGCAAUUCCUGACUUCUCCGCCGGCGCUAUGGAGAACUGGGGUCUCAUCACGUACCGAGAGACAGCUCUGUUGUACGACAAGGAUCAGUCUUCGUUUGUGAAUAAGGAGAGAGUUGCCGAGGUGAUCGCUCACGAGUUAGCGCACCAGUGGUUCGGCAACCUGGUGACCAUGAAGUGGUGGUCGGACCUGUGGCUCAACGAGGGUUUCGCGACAUUCAUGGCGUCAGUGGGCACCGAUGAGGUGGAGCCCAGCUGGAGUGCGCGCCAGUCGCACGCCGUCUCCAACGCCAUGACUGUACUCACCCUGGACUCGCUUGAGUCUUCGCAUCCGGUAUCCGUGGCGAUCGACAACCCGAGCCGCAUAUCGGAGAUCUUCGACGCCAUCUCGUACCUGAAGGGCGCGGCUCUCAUCCGCAUGAUGACCAUGUUCCUCGGCGAGGAUGUGUUCCGGCAGGCACUGCACAACUACUUAAUAAAGUAUUCGUACAAGAACGCUGAACAAGACGAUCUGUGGGCGGAGCUGACGAGAGCCACGCAGCAACAUGGCGGCCUCACCAGAAACGUGACUGUCAAGCAGGUGAUGGACACGUGGACCAAGCAGACCGGGUACCCGAUACUCACCGUCUCCAGAGACUACGGGGAUCAAUCACUCACCAUCUCGCAGAAACGCUACUUGUCUCUGGGCACGGGCAGUACGCUGUCGUCGUGGUGGGUGCCGCUGAGUGUGCUGUGCCAGGGUGAGCCUGAGCCGCAGACGGUGCAGUGGCUGGCUGAUGAUGAGGGGGUGGACCAGGAGUACCGCUACGAGCACGGCGCCGCGCCCGAUCAGUGGCUCAUCUUCAACUACGACAUGAUUGCUCCGUACCGAGUGAACUAUGACGAACGCAACUGGAAGCUGCUGACAGCGGGUCUGCGGCGAGACAGCGGUACAGUCCCGGUACUGGCCAGGGUUCAGCUCCUGUCAGACGCUUUCGCCCUCGCCUGGACCAACAGACUGGACUACUCCACUGCUUUAGAAUUGGCGACGUACCUCCAGAACGAGUCAGAAUACCUUCCGCUAUCCACAGGAUUGGGCGCGUUAUCCAAGAUAGGACACGUUCUCAAACGUAGCCCACACUACGGGGCAUACCAGAAGUACGUGCGGAAGUUGAUCAGGAAAGCUUACGAGAAGGUUGGCGGUCUUGCCGUGAAGGAGAUCGUCAAUGGUGAUGACUUGAACAGCGUGAAGCUGCAGGUGUUGAUGAGCGAUGCAGCUUGUGCAGCAAAGUUGCCCGGUGCUGAGGAGAAUGCUAUUGAGCUGUUCCAGGAGUGGAUGAACGUCGACAAUCCGGACGAAUAUAACCCUAUCCCCCUGGACCUGCGCUCGACGGUGUACUGCGUGGGCGUGAGGCGUGGGUCGGUGCGAGAGUGGCGCUUCGCCCUGGAGCGCCGGCGCCGCGUCAACUCGGCCGCCGCGCGCGACCACCUGCUGCGAGCACUAGCCUGCUCGCGGGACGUCUGGAUACUGUCUCAAUACCUAGAGUGGGCCAUAACUGACGGGUCAGAGGUCAGGCGGCAGGACUCUGCGUCAGUUUUGGCAGCCAUCACCUCGUCGGAGGUCGGCUACUAUGUCGCCAAGGACUUCAUCUACACCCGCAUUAAAGAUAUUCAUAAAGCUCUCAACCAUGGGCGGCGUCUGGGUACGAUCAUAAAGAUACUUCUAGACCAGUUCACGACACAGAAAGACUUAGAUGAAUUCCUGAAGUGGUCGGAAGAGAACUCCAAGUACCUGGAGGAGGCUCGGCUGUCAGUGUCACAAGGCGUGGAGAAGGCGCGCGUCAACAUCGCGUGGCUCGAGCGGAACAAGGCGCUGGUCCUCACCAAGCUGCGGGAGUACGCUGCGUAAGAGCUCUGUCUACAGCGCACGUUACCACCGCGGCCAAACACACCCACAGUUCCACUUUGUAAAGUCAUUUCGGUGACAUAAAUUGUUGCAACAACCAGCAGAUUAACAGGGUACGCGAAUAACAUUUACUAUCCUAAGUAUAUCAGUUAGUCACAUUAUUUUAAUAUUUAGGUAUAUUGAAUGCAAACAAAAACAAACUAUAAAAAAUAAAAACAAAAUAUCUAUAUCAAGGCCAUUAUUAUCACAUCUAUUGCUUGCAACUUCAGUAUAUUGAAGCCCUUAAGAGUUCGUUCUCAUAUUUAAGAUACAACUUAUUUUCCAAGUGUUAAAGUUUUGAAACUCCAGUAACAUAAUAAACCUCGUAAAUUAAAUUAUUUCUAGUUUAUUAAUUUAAAAUUACCAGCGUCCUACACUUGUUUUAUUACUACACUAUUUGUUUGCACACUCAUAAAUUAUAAGUAGUAAGAAGUAAGCGCUAAAGACAACUUCUGUCACGUGACUUUCGUUUGCUUUGUGGUUUGUUUUUUUUUUCAUACACUCACAUCACUUCCGAAAUAAUUGUUAUUUAAAAUUGUAAAACAAAUGUAUUUCUGUGUCUAUUUUCUUCUAUAACGUAUCAAAAGAAACAAAAAUAAUAUAAUAAUUGUAUUAAAAUAUAACUUAUAAAGUGGAACUUUGGGUAACUAAUGGAAUGCUUGAGAAGCACUUGCAUUAAUCUAGGUGAGCACACACAGCAGCACAAAAACUUUAAUAAAAUUACAAUGUUUUGCCAUCGAGAGAACGUAGACAAUAAUAUUGUAUAAAUAUAGUUUGCUUUUAAUAACUGACAAUACUUCAAGCUCUGUUGAGUCUUAGCACUUGGCAGUCACAUUGUUCGUUGAUGCUCUCUGUAGUUAUUAAACAGUAGAACCUCUGUAAGUCGAACUAUAAAGGAGACGCGAGAUAAUUUUAAUUAUAGACUUUUCGUUUUAUGUAAAAUAUCGGCUUAGAUAAAUAUCAUUAGGAAUUAUUCGACUUGCAAAUAAAAUUCAAAUAAAAUUAGUAAUUAUAAGCACCCAAAAAUCAACAUGUGACCUGCAAACAAGCACAAUAUGUUACAAUCAGCCGUAACAUAUUUCAUCAUAUAUUGGUUAUAUAUAUCAUUUUAUUGGUACUCUAUAUAACUCGAGGUACAUAUCAAAUGAUCUAGUUGUGAUGGUUGCAAAAUUAAACUUCGUAAUUAGAGAUACAUACCAAAUUUCUCGAAUAGUAAAAAAUUCGAACUAAUUCAAGUUUUGGGGCUUGAAGGGAAGUUAGCGAGUGUCUGAUGUUUUCGAGCUUAAAAGUUCUUCUUUAGUAAUAAUAGAGUAUCAUUUAGUGGUUGGUUAUAUUUGGGUACUUAUUAUUAUUAUUAUUGUUGAUAUGUCAUCACGAUAUAAAACGCUUAAGUAUUGCUAGAUUGAUUUAUUUAAAAUAAUAUGAGUUACUGUAGUAAUGAGUAGCGUAAAAUGAGUAUAUCGUAGAAAGCUGCACUGAGAUACUUAAUAUUGAAUUGUAAAUGUAUAUUAAUUGAACAUAGAGAUCUAAUCUGCGCAGUAAUUUGAUAUUGAACUUUUGAAUGAUAUUUUCAAGUUUUUAAUAAUUAAUAAUAAUCUUGGUGUCUAUGGGCUAGUGUAGGUAAUUCUAAGGUAUUACUAUUAUAUUGAGCUGAUGCUUUUCAUUCAAAAUAGAGAUUAACGUGUGUUUGUCUAUGGCGUAGUAGGGCCAUAUGAAUCUCAGAUUGAUCAUACACUGGAAUAUUAUUUGCGUGCUGAGACACCUACAAAGCUAUCCAUAGUAUUUAACACAGACCUUGUAUUUUUUUCCACAAAGAAAACUUAAAAAAAAUGUGUAAUUGUAAAUUAAGAUGGCGUUUAUUUUUAUUGUUUUUUUUUUUUCAAGUAGCAAUGAAACAGAGGCUGAGUAUACGGCGAAAAGAAGACCGAUAUUAUUUGAGUCACUGUACGCGAUACAUAAUAUAUCAACGCAUAAUAAUAUGUGAUAACUUAUAUAUUUUGUUACAAUAGCAAUCCUGUGAGAUGGUUAACAUGUUAUUUUCAUAUUAUACAUAUAUAAUCAUCUGAUUUUUUGUUAAAAUUAUUCAUUUUUAUUAUAACUAAUAUAUAUUCGUAUUUUAUUUGUUUUUUUCUUCACAUGUUUUUGUAUUUAAAAGUAUUUGUCUUUUUUUAAAACACAAUACAAUGACUUGGUAAUCAGGUGGUAAACAAAGAGAAUAUCAUACAUAAACCUACAAGUUAUUUAGGUAAUAACAUAAUUUUACUUACAUUUUAAUUAAGACUUAUCAGUACCCUAAGAAUAUAUAGAGUAUUAUUAUAUAUUAAUUAAUUCACUUUAAUUAUAGCUACGGAAACUUCUACAUUUCAAAUGUAAAAUUCAAAUAAAAUUUGAAAACAAAAUUUUAUCAACGAUGCGGGGCUUGAACCCACGACCUCUGGCGUUCCGUGCCCUGCUCUCCCGACUGAGCUAACCGUCCGAGUGACGCAUCGUCAUAAAAUCUUGUAUGCUUUGUUCAACUCUCAGGUUGUGGCUUCAUCUACAGGAUCUACUUUACAGUUGAUAACCUGCUCAACCCAAUAUUUGCAUAUUAGGAAAUUGACUUGAGAUGUCGCUCUUGGUGUCGGUCGUGGGUUCGAGCCCCGCAUCGUUCAUAAAAUUUUGUUUUCAAAUUUUAUUUGCGUAUUAAUCCUAGAAGUGAGACUUUAAAAACAUAACAAAUUGUUUAAAUGUAAAAUUAUUUAUUACCUAGGUAUAUAUAUUUUUUGAACUUUAAAUAGAAAAAUAUGUUAUUAUAUUUUCUUAGCUAACAUACUCUGAUCUUUUGACAUGCGACAAUCUUGGAGGUUUAUGUCUGGUAUUGUUUCCGGUUUGUGGCAAGACAUAUGGUAUUGAAUAUUCCGUCCAAACUGGGCUAUGAGUGUCAUUUUGAGAAAUUAUUUAUCAUCACUAUGUAAUAUUAAUCUUGUUUUAUAAGAAUAAAUAUGCCCAAGACUC